UGAUGAACAAAAUGAUGCCAUUAAAACGUCUCUAAAUGUAAAACCAUGCGGCGAACACUCGAGAUUACGUCUCUGAACAAGCAGACUUAAAACAAGGCAACUUAAAAAAUGGUAGACGAGGAAAUUUAAGUUUUUCACACGUCUUUCUUCUGUUGUACUUGAACUAAAAUAAACCGUACAUCCAACUGCAAUGUCAAAUUAUGGAAUGACUGUUGCCUUUCCUCGUAUAGCGUUUACUAAAAUUGCAUAUCCUGCAGUUAUUCUUCAAUUGAUUCUUGUAUCCUCGUCUCCUCUCAACUGAUGUCUGCUUCUGGAGCUCGUGGUCAUAGUCUUAGCUUUAAAGUUUUGCUUCAACGAUGUCUUGGGAGGUUCAUAAACAAUUCAUCUUGUGUAUUUUCUCCUCAUUAAAUGGCUGAGGAGUGCAGCAAGUCCCCCGCAACCUCGGAAAUAAUCAAUACAGAUGAAGGAAAUUCUGCGGGAAAACCGCGGUCUUCGAGAAGUGGAAGAACCCCACACUAUCUCAGGGCUCCGGUGGGAUCAUGCCAUGAACAUUGCAAAUAUGGAGGGCCACAAACGUUCAAAACAAAGCCAAUAAAUCCAAUCCGUGGGAAGACCACCAGGAAGCUGCCUGAUGAACUGCUGUUGGCAGAAGAUGUGGUUGCGCCAGGUUUGGCGAGACAACCGACGAAUAAGCUCAGGAUUCUGUCAAAUUUGGAAUGCCAAACCUCUGAUAUAGCUAAUGUGGGCAAACAAGGAGGACCGGCCCCUGACCAUGCUCGGGUUCAGUUCAAUGCAAAAGGGAAGAAGAAAUCAGAGGCUGAGUUGAAAUCUUCACGCAGCUCAAAAACCCACUUCUCCUAUCUGCGUAAAAAAGUGAAACCAGGUAUGGCAUCAAGUGGAACAAAACAAUUUUCUCCGGGAGCCUCAGCAAUGUUCUCAUCAGAAACAUACUCAAGGUCGACGAAGAUGAAAAGGGAACCCUUAGAAGCCGAGCCUAUGUCAUUGCCUGACUCAUCGGGAGACUCAAGCCAUAGAAAAAAGAAUAACAUCACGACAAGGCAGUAUACUAGGACCUCCAUAGUUGCGGCAAAGAAUCAGUCGGUAUCCUUGACUACUUCUAAUUCCCUAGAAUUUUCUUCUCGAUCUCCAAGUAUGAGACCGAGAAAGGGCAUAGCCAGUAAAGUUAUGUCCCCUCUGAAGAAUCAGAACAAGAAUCGCAACAGCACCAAGAAUGCUGAAGUUGUACAAAUCGCCAAAGAAGUGGUGGUCCAGGAGAAGACCCUUUAUGUCAUUGACGAGGAGACUGAGCACAUACCUUCAGAAUUUACUUCUACGACUACCACUUUUGUUGGGGAUGACCAAAAUGGAAGCGCUGCUAAAAUGUCUCCAGAUCAAUCCUUGUUACUGCCACAGCAUCUUUCUCUCCCAAAAUAUCCAUCUCCAAAAUCCCAAGAACAUGAGCCUUCUGAUUAUCCAGACAACGAAGGAGAAGGCUGCUCUUAUUCUGGUCACGGUGAAUCUGAUAGUUUGGUACAAUCAGGGACUUCACAGAGGCCAACACAAGAUAGGACAAAUUCUGCGAAAAAUGAAACAUGUAAAGCUGUGAAUCUUAGCUUGAGGAAGGGCAAAGUGGUUGUUGGAACUCAAGCUGAAAGCAGUAGUCCAAGGAGGCCAAAGAAUAGACGAGGAAGAGCUUUUGAAGAGAACCAAAAUCCGAAGGCUGAUGCCAGAAGGAGAACCUUCAAGAGAAGAGAGGAAAUUGAGGGUGGCAAGAAUAGCAGCACACCAAGAUCCGUAAAAGUCACCUUGAAACAUCAAGACGUCCGAGAGAAGAAAGAAGGCCGGGGACUGUUCAACAAUAUGAUUGAAGAAACAGCUAGUGAACUGGUUAAGACCCGGAAGAGUAAGGUGAAGGCUUUGGUUGGCGCUUUUGAAACAGUGAUCUCCCUUCAAGAAACCAAAUAGCUGGUGAAGUAGGCAAUUGAAAGGUAUGUGCAGAGAUCGUUGCACAGUUCGGCAAUGAAGUAAGUCCAACAAUAGGGAAUCAAAGGCGAGAGGUUUACUUAGAU